AUAAAAGCAAAAUAAAGAAACGUGCGUGCUUAGCUGCGGUGUAGACAUUCGUAAACAGCACGAUAGUUUAUUCUAUUUCUUACUUGCUGGCCAUUGCAUUUAGUUGCGUAAAAUGGCACUACACAUUACCAGCACCACGGAAGGCCAGCUGCAAGUCCACUUAACCACCAAGCAGAAACAGUAUGCCGUUCCGGAUGUUCCAUAUUCAAUUCGCGCCAACGUAGGACGCACCGAGCUAAAUGUGUUGCUCAGCACAUUGCUGAAGGAUUCUGGCAAAGGAGAAGCCCGAAAAGUGCAGUUCGAUUUCCUUUUCAAUGGAGAGUUUGUGAAAACUUCGUUGUCGCAGCAUUUGAAGGAACGGGACAUCUCGUUCGAAGAUUCGAUCGAGCUCGAGUACGUUGAACGAUAUCCUGCUCCCGAACCGCAGGACUGUCUGCUGCACGACGAUUGGGUAUCGGCGGUCCAGGCAAUGGAUGGUUGGAUCCUUACCGGAACCUACGACAACACUGUGAAUCUGUGGAAUACUAAGGGCAAACACAAACUAACCAUUCCCGGGCACGUUGCGGCGGUGAAGGGAGUGGCAUGGAUUUCCUUGAACGAACAGAAGGGUGUGUUUGCAAGUGCCAGCCACGAUCAAACCGUCAUGAUCUGGGAGUGGAACGUAACGGCCAACUCGGUGGAGUGUGUGCAUGUAUGCAAAGGACACGAACGUGGCGUUGGCUGCAUUGCGGUUAAUCCGUCCAAGUCGCAAAUGGCAUCCGGUAGUAUGGACACGAUGCUAAAAAUUUGGUCCACAGAGUUGCACACUGACAAAGGAGAACCAUCGGCUACGAAGAAGGCAAAGCUGGAGCAAGAUAAUGUCCGCACGCCGGUACUCACUCUAGCCGGCCAUCGAGAGUUUGUGUCCGGUGUGCAGUGGAUCGACAAUACGACGGUCGCUACGUGCUCCUGGGAUCACACGAUCAAGCUGUGGGAUCUCACACUGGGCGGUAUCAAGACGGAAUUUACCGGUAACAAGUCGUUCUUCGAUUUGAGCUACUCUCCCUUGAACGGAAUGAUUAUCACCGCAUCUCCGGACAAAAAUCUUCGUCUGUAUGAUCCUCGAUCGAAGCAUGGUAAUUUUGUAAAGAACACCUACCUCGGACACUCACAGUGGGUGCAGACGUGCCGCUGGUCAACGACAAACGAGUAUCUGUUCGUAUCUGGCGCUUACGAUAACCGCGUUAAGCUGUGGGACUAUCGCUCUCCAAAGGCUCCGAUCUUCGAUCUGAUCGGCCACGAGGACAAGGUGCUUGCAUGCGAUUGGUCUAAUCCGAAGUACAUCCUUUCCGGCGGAUCGGACAAUGCUCUGCGUGUUUUCAAAUCAAAAAUAGCGGUUAACAACACCGACGAUUGAACAAUUCCGAUUAAACUAAGAAGGUGUAUGUUUGGAAGUUUUGUGUAACUUUCAUCCGAGCGUAUAGUUUUUAACAGCAAGAAGGAUGUAAUACGCAAAAAUUAUAAUGAUACAAUCAGGGAUUCAUUCGAAUUUUUUAAAUUCAAAAAAAUGUGAAACAAUAAAUGCAAACUCGUUGCACCGCUACCAUUUCAAUGCGUUAGUAUGGUGACGCAUCGAAACGCUUCGAUUGCAGCGUUACGUACUGUCA